GGAGACGUCCUGCGUUUUAUGACUUACGUGUUUAAUUACUGAUACAUAGCCCCAUCUUGUACAUAUCCUCAACAUCCUCAGCGACGAUGAGCUCAACCUCAUUUCACCGGCUUACCCGGUCGUUGCUGGUCCUUCCUCCGCUGUUUCUCACUGUCUACCUCUUGGCCAGCUUCCCGCGGCCACCUACGGCACCCAUCGUCCAUACAUCCCUAGCGCACCUCCCGAGCUCAUCGCCAUCGUGGAAUGUAUACCCAGAGGACUUUUAUACUGGAGGCGCAUAUGCGAACCUCCCUCUAGGACGGGUGCGGUAUUGGCUCAUAGGACCGGAAGACGGACGGAGGGUUGUUCUUAUACAUGGUCUCUCCAUACCGGCUAUCGUCUGGAAAGACGUAGCGCCUGUACUUGCCUCGCAAGGAUAUCGUGUACUUCUAUAUGAUUUGUACGGUCGCGGUUACUCGGAUGCCCCCCAAGUAACUUACGAUACCACCCUUCACACCACCCAGCUUGCGCUCCUUAUGCAACAUAUUAAAUGGGACAAUGCAUUCAUUAUAGGAUUGUCGAUGGGAGGUGGCAUUGCAACUGCAUUCUCAGUUCACUUCCCUCACCUUGUAAAUGGAAAAGUCGCUCUUGUUGCUUCAGCAGGUAUCAUUGAGUCGAGCGAUCUUUCUCGCACCGCCAAAUUCAUGUCAUCUCCGCUCGUGCAAACUGUGUCUGCCCUCCCACCUUUCCAACAUUACAUGCGUCUCCUUGCGAAUACCUCUAAAUCUUCUGAACUUCUUGAAAUCAAUCCGAUACAAGAAAUCGUCCGUCUCCAAUCCGCUCAUCUUCCUCACUACAAUGCUGCCGUGGCAUCUUGCCUUCGCGACGGCCCUAUCCGUGGCCUACAUUUAGCAUUCCAGACACUCGCACGCUCUAGCAACCAGGUGUUGCUCAUUCAUGGCACAGCGGACAAGACUGUCCCCUAUAAAUAUGCUUUUCAGAUACGCAACAUUGUGCCACCCGCCGACCUCGUCACCAUCAGUGAUGGUGGCCAUGAUAUCACCGUAACUCACGCAUCGGAGGUGAACGCCGCGCUACUUCACUUCCUCUCUGACGAAUACUCGUACAACCCUCGCAAAUGAGCGUCACCUCAAUGAUAUACAGUCAUCUUAUUCGAACACUAUUCCAUCGUAGUCUUGCAUUAUUCUGGAUACCAUGCCCAUCCCCCGUUAUCGCAUUCAAUCCUUGUCGAUUGUUAUCGUCGCUAUUCGUCCGCGUUACACUGUACCUCUCCCCUUUUGGAUUACUGUGGAAACCUACAAGCUUUAGUGUUUUUGAUGG